AUGUCCGACUACAACUUGCCUAAUGACUUCUACGCCACAUUGAGUGAAAAGUACCAACAAGCUUUGAAAUCUCAGGACAUUUUGUUCAACGGAGAUGCCGUAGUGAACGAAAUUGAGCUGUUUCUAGUCGGUGAGAAGACGGCAAAUACCCAGUUGACGAUGUUGACCUCCUUGAUGCAUAGACCGGAAAAGGGUGAUCAAAAUUCAAACCCUUUUGAAAAACCUGAACCAGAACUCACAAUUGUCGAUAAGUAUGGACCGGAACACCAGUUUAGACUAGUAUUCAACAAGUUUCCCGUCAUUUCCAAGCAUUUCUUAUUGGUGACACGAGCCUUCAAACACCAAAACACUCCGCUCUCCGAGACCGAACUUUUUGCAACGUACAGCAUUUUGCUGGAGCUAGGUAAGCAGAGUCCAGUUGAAGAGGAUUGGUUUGCUUUUUACAACUGUGGUCCCGAAAGUGGUGCUUCCCAGCCACACAAACAUGUACAGUUCAUGACAGCACCACCAAGGGACAAAUUCGAAUCUUAUGCUAAAAUACUAGCAGAGAACCUGGCUGUUCCUGCAGAUGCUCAGAAGCCAUUGCAAGACAAGAAUAUUCCCUUUGCUCAUUAUCUAAUUCGCUUGCGCGAAAAAGACAUUGACGAAGAAGCUUUAGCAACUUCGUUUGUUUCGCUUUUGCAACACUCAAUGAAUGUACUUCGGGAAAACAAUCAGCACCACAUUUCGUUCAAUUUUAUCAUGACUACUAAAUACAUGCUCAUGGUGCCUCGAUCAAGCGCUAAAUUUGAAGACAAAAUAGGAAUCAAUGCAUUCGUUAAGGCUGCCAACUUUAUAUUGUCAAGACCUACUUUGUCCAAAAUUGUCACCCCAAUUGCAAACAAAUUUACUGCCUAUGCUGGUUACAGAGAGAUGGGUUUAAAGUUUAAUGAUUUACUUAUGGAAGAGACUCCUAUCAUGCAAAAGGCCAUCAAGAGAUUACCCCCUGCAUUGAGUUACUCGAGAAACUUUAGAAUUCUCACUGCCCACCAAUUAUCAUUGACCCACCAAUUACUUCCACCAGGAAAAGCUCUCAAGCCAGAAGAAGACGAUCACUACUUAAUCCUAUAUAUUUUGGAAGCAGAGAAGGAGGCCUUUGAAAAAGCCGAAUUAGAUAACAUCGAAGUUAAGAGUUCUUAG